CUUGGGGUGAGUGAGGGAGAGCGCGAGGCCUGGCCACCUCAGCCCAGCACCACAGGCACAAUGACUGAAGCGCGAGCGGCACCAUCGAAACUUGAACGUUUCCUCUCCCACCGCACCGGGCAAUAAAACAAGUCCAGGUGAUGGAUUCCUCCCACCCUCGCCGUCCCAUCCUCUUUCUCUUCUUCCCUUCGUAACCAUCACCACCCAACACCACCAUCACCACCACUAUAAUUCCAUCGUCGCCGUCGCGCACACUUUUUUCUCACUUGAUCCCACCACGCACGCUGCAGAUAACUCUGCACGCCUGUCAUCACCAAAAAAGCCCAGCCCAGCCAGGCUGACUCUUGAUUUUUUUUCUUCUUUCCUUCUAUGCACCGCACCAACAACCAACCCUCCCUUCCCGUCCAACUGAUCAAGUGGAUCGGAUCUGCUCAGCAACCAACCCGCCCGUCAAGGCACGUACGCAAAUCGCACACUCAUGCAUACGCACUACUCUCCCCCCUAGAGACGCAUACCUUUCUUGCCAAUUCAUCAUCUCCGCCUUGCCCUGUCGCCUCUAUUAUUGAGCUCCAUAUAAAAAGGCAUCGGUCCUCCCACCAGUCGGCGAUUACACGCUCCCGACACGAAUACUACUUUCUUGACGACGUCCAGAUCCUCCACACAGCCAAAAGCGAUGGCACCCUCAACGAGCCGAACUUCUACGCCUGCCAAGGACAAGCAGCGCAAGGCCUCGGCCUCCAGCAGCAAGGAUUCCAAGAUCCUCACACUCAAAGUCUCGCCCGAUCGUCUGCGAGCCCUUCUCGACCCUGCUCCGACGCCAACUCCCGCCCCCGAGCCCGUCAAGGAGGAUACGCCGGUGAAGGACAUCAAGGACUCGCCUGGCGCCUCGACACCACAGCCAGCCCCUGCCUCGAACCCCGAGAACGUCUCCGACUCCAGCCCAGCCACGCCUGCCAACGGUGGCACACCCGCCCCGACCGCGAUGGGUCCUCCCGACAAGAAGAAGGGUCAGAAGAGGUCUGCAGCCGCAGCGAACGGCGAUGGGCAGGCCAAGGUUCGAGGCAAGCCUGGCCCCAAGAAGAGACAGCGAAUGGAGGAUGGUACCCUUGAGCCCGCCCGAGGAAAUGCCCACCGGCUCGGCCCCAAGGCGAACCAGGGUGCCAUCAACGCCGGCUUGCGCGCCCUCGACCGUAGUGGCAAGCCGUGCCGCAAAUGGAACAAGGGCAGCUUCCGCCUCAAGACCUUUACCGGUGUCGAGUGGGAGAUUCAUCGCUGGACUGCCCCUCCCAAGCCGGAGCCCGUCGAGGCUACACCUGAGGAAGUGCCCGCCUCCGCCGCCGCCUCCAACGCAGACAGCAGCAAGGAGAACAAGGAGAACGUCGAGCAGCCGACCAAGUCCGACAACAGCAAUUCCGGUGGCGACGUCGAGAUGCAGAGUCUUCCUAGCGUUCAAGCCUCCUCGCCUGCCCCUAUGGCUAUUGCCGCUGGUGCUUAAGUGCGGCAGCCGUGGGCAAACGACGAUUCUCUCUUUUUCACGGGGACACGAACAUUUUUUUCUCUCGUCUUUCAUUCUCGGUUUCCUGGUUAGGGGCAUGUAAUACACUGGCGUUCAAGGUUUGCGGGGGGAAAACAAUUCCAGCAAAGGAUGUGGCACUAUUCUAGGGCAAGGUUCUUGCCCAUGGCUGACAUCCACUUCCUCUGUCAUUCGUCCUGGAAGCUGAAAGGACGGAAUAAAAAGGUACCAGGCACAGAUGGCGUUUACAGGUGGUUUGACGGCCUGACCACUGCCAUGUCGGAAGGGCGUUGGGGGUUGUCCGGUUAUGCAUAGAAAUCUGCCAGUAGCUGUAUGCGUUGAUUAUAUGAGACACUGUCCUCACACACUAUUGACAUGAAAUUGAAUGUGCCAUAUAUUUC